AAGACUACCUAUGAACAUAAAAAUCCAAACCAUGUAGUGUGGCUUAUGCCAAAGUGGAGGGUCUUUUCAAGAUUUUGUUUUGUUUUAAUCUAAGUAAUAUUUGCUUUUGUAAAGAUUUUUGUUUUUAGUGUAUGUGAGUGUUGACAGUGUGUAAGGUGUGAAGAAAGUGGCAGAAAGUUGUAAUAACGAGAGAGAGAGAUGGUGCUCCACAUCACCCCUUACUCCAGUUCCUGUCUACACUUCCUGGACGGCUUGUCAUGGAGCCUAGUGUUCCCCUGUUACUGGCUCCUGGAUCAGCUCCUGGCCUCCUGCCUGACUACUUCACUCGAGAAACGCCAGCGCUCUCAAGAUCCAUGCUCUCUUCUCACUUUGUGUGUCCUGAUAAUGUCGCCUCUUUACUUGCUCCUCCUCCUUGCCUCUCUGCCUUUUGCCCUACUGGGUUUCGUCAUCUGGGCUCCUCUGCAGGCCAUCCGUCAACCCUACUUGUACACCUACCACAGACGAGAAAAGCACCAAUCAGAGCAAUGUGACCACGAGUCAGCGUUUCUUGGUGUCAAGGACUGGAGACCCCAGGGCAGGAGCUUUUGUUUCUGCAGUGCCAACGUUUGCCUGCUGCCUGACUCCCUGGCCAGGUUCAACAACCUUUCGAACACCCAGAGGAGAGCACGAGAAGUGGGUAAAAGGAUCAGAAAUGGUGCCUGUAGACCUCAGAUUAAAAUCUACAUCGACUCACCAACCAACACUUCCAUCAGUGCUGCCUCCUUCAGUAGUCUAGCUACGGGUUUCCGCCGUACCUCCUCCUUGGACCAGAGGCCAGACAAGACACAAAACGUAAAAGGCCCAGCAGACACUGAAAAUGAGCCACUCACCCAGUGUCCGAUUCACCCUGGAGGUGCUACUGACUGCCCAGUCAAUCCAUAUUCAGGAGUUCAUGGAAUCACUGAAUGCCCCUUUCACUCAAAUGAAGGAGACAUGACACUGGACUGCCCCCUUCACUCUGCGGAGAGAAGAAACAGCCCAGACUGUCCUCUACACACUUUAGCAGAGGCUCCAGAAUGUCCAAUGCACUCUACAGUGGCACAGAGUGGCCUCAGCAGCAAUGAAUGCCCUAUGCAUGGUGUUCAAAUCAACAUCAGUGCCCCUGAGCCAGAGACCCAGGAAUGGGAGAGAGAGACAGGAAACCAACAGUCAAGGGAGCUGGCAGGAGGAGACAUGGGCAGCAUGACAGCCUCAAGAGAAUCCCUUGCCCGAUACCAUGGAACCGAUGGUUGCGGAGUGAAAUCCUCAAACAAUACCCUCACUCAUGUGCCCCGUGCCUCAAUUUUUAAGCGCCCCGGUAGAAAGCGCCGCCACGGGGAUGAUACUUUUGAUCAUGACAUCUCUGCAUUUUUCCCUGCCAACUUGGAUUUCCUCGGCCUACAGGAAGUGUUUGACCAUAGUUCAACUACUCGCUUGCGACAGCAGUUGCAUCAAUACUUCCCCUAUGUGCUGAGUGAUGUUGGGCGGUACGGCUGGAAAGGCUGCUGUUCCAGGUUCAAAUUCCUAAACAGUGGCCUUUUGUUAGCUAGUCGCUACCCAAUUCUGGAUGCACGCUAUGAGUGUUAUCCCAAUGGAAGAGGAGAGGAUGCAUUGGCCGCCAAAGGAGCACUCUUUGCCAAGGUACACGUGGGCACCGCCCAUCAAGAGCAAAGGGUUGUGGGAUAUCUCACAUGCACCCAUCUCCAUGCCAUAGAAGGUGAUGCUUCCGUGCGAUGUGAACAACUGGACAUGUUGCUCCAUUGGGGAGCAGAAUUCCGCCAAACUUCAUCACAUAAUCCUGAAGGGGGGAAAGUUGUUGAUGAACUUGUGGCCUUUGAUGUCCUUCUGGGUGACCUCAACUUUGACAAUUGCUCAUCAGAGGACAGGUUGGAGCAACACCAUGCACUUUUUUCUUUUUACAAGGACCCUUGUCGCCAGGGACCAGGAGAGGACAAACCAUGGGCUUUGGGUACCCUGCUGGAUCCCAGAGGACUUUACGAUGAUGAGGUCAAUUCACCAGAAAGUUUACAAAAAGUGAUGGAGAAUGAGGAGGGUAGAAAGGAGUACUUGGUGUUUCCUCCUAGUAAAAGCCAAUCUCCCACCAGCACCCAGAAAGGAAGGAAAAUUCCACUGAAAGGCAAUGGACGUCGGAUUGACUACAUCCUGUACAGUGACGAGGGCCUUCAACAGGAGUGGAAAUUGGAAAUAGAGGAAUUCAACUUUGUAACGCAGUUGGCUGGCCUCACAGAUCACCUGCCUGUAGCCAUGAGAUUGGCUGUCUCCACAGGGGAGGAAGAGUCUUAGAUUUAUUGACCACAUGCAUUGGUCAAAAGUGGUGUCAUUGAAGGGUGACAGACAGUGAAGAUGAACGGAUGAUGUUUUUUGGGAAAAGGAGCAUCUUGAGAAGGAUAAUCAUUUGAAAUGGGCAUAAGGGAAAAUAACCCCACUGCUAGGGAAUAGACAAAAAUACAAAAUAACGAAAGACUAGUGUGUCUGAGAGUUGGGGCAAUUACAAAAUAAGAGGAGUAAUCUCACCUCCACCCACUCAUACACGUAAUUCCCAUUUGAGUGUUUAAUACCUUUGGCAUCUCUGAUACUCGCCCUGUGCACAACACAUUCCCUAUUGCACUCCUGCAAUGAAUAAAGACAGUAGUUGCAAGUAGUUUAUUGGCAAGCAAUUUCCACAUCCACAUAUGACGUUGGGGAAGGAUGUUGCCAUUUUGAAUUUAUCGUGGACUUAACCAUAUAUACCACAGUGACUCAAAAACAAUGAAGUGAAAGUGCACCUUAAUCCAGAUCUGCACAAACAUAUACUGGAGUACAGUUGCUGACAGGAUUCUACAAUGUCAAUGAUCUACGUCACUAUGUCAUGUUUCUAUCCUAAAAUGCUACUGGUCUCGUCAUUAAUUAAUUGACCUUACCUGUCGCUCACCUCAACAAGUGUCUUCUUUAACAACUAACAAAUAGAAAAGCAAUGGAAUAAAAUUUAAAUAGUGUGAUUUCUACUGUUUUGUAGGGGCUUAAAUACUUGUUUAAUACUAUAUAAAUCACUUUCAAAUGAAUAACUAAAGGUAAAUAAGAUAUAUACGAACAGUUGUCCUUGUAGCAUGUUUUACAACUUUAAGGGAAGUAAAGAAAGUAGCUUUUUAAAUCUUGCUGAUGCAUGAUGGAAAACGUCAUCCUUUUUCAAUUUUAAUAUAGCAACUUAAUGAAGUUUGAGUAUAUCUAUGUAAUGACUUUGGAAUAUCCCCUGAGACAACGACUGUGCACUAAUGCACUCUUCUGCAUGUUAAACUCCGCCAGGCUAGUGUUACCUGACACUGGCUUACAGUAUAUUCUUUAACAGCCAUAUCAGAGAUCCUGGUUUGUUAUCAAAAAUAUGUCCCCAGUUGGUUUGAGUCAGGUGAAAAGAGGGUGUGGGAUCUAUACAAAGGCCCGCAUGGCGACAAAGAAGCCAUCUUGAGUACUAUAUUGUACAAUUGGGGUUUUUACCGAGUUUUUUUUCUAAUUAUGUUCUUCUGAAUGGGCUAUGAGGAUGUCACAAAUAGAGAUUAGAAAAAAUACUCCACAAGACAUUAUUGCUUUAAUUUGGAGUAACCACCUUUAUCACUUUUGGACGAGGUCAGUCAUGUCAGAGGUGGCACGGCACAGAGCAGUGGCCUGGCCACGCCCCUCACAGGAACGACCACCCAUGGCAGUGGGCAGGCUAUGCCCAAGACAUGACAUGAGUCCAAUGGUGACUGAAACAUUAUAUCGGCUUUUUAUGUGUGUUACACAUCGGUGAGCUACUAAUAGCACAAGAAGAAACUUUUCCGAAUUGUAUUUGUUUGUGAAGCAUGAACAAUAACAAUCAAUUCAGGUUACCAGGGUUGAUUUGUCAUUUCUGCUCUUUGAACAAUUUACCAUCUGUUUGUUUGUGUCUGUGUUUGUUCGUUUCUUUGCUUCUUCACUCGGGCUUUCAUUCUGGCACAAAAUGAGACAUUGAUACAAAUGUGUGUGCCUGUGUGACAUAAUUUCACACAUUUCAGUGCAUAUGAAUUGCUUCUCCAAAUCAAAGUCAACAGAGACCCAUCUCCAUAUUUAUAUUGUAAUGUGCGUGAAACAAUUACAGUGUGCUCUAAUCAGAUCAAUAUACACACUUCCCAUGUGGCUGCUCUUGCCACUCCUUUUAGAACACACAUGAACCCCAUUAUUGAUGUAAUUGUUGUCUCAUUUUUUUUUCCCUAAAAUGCUUACAUUUGGAUGUGAAAAUAUAAUCACCUUCUUUUGUAAGACUAACGUUUCCAAAUUGGAUCAGACUUCUUGCUUGCAUCACAAGUAGCUGUGUGCCUAUUUUGCAAUCCAAAUAAAACUAUC